AUGGGCGCGCUUCGCCAUCGCUUUCUGCUCGCGCUCGUCCUCGUGGCGUCUCUAAACUUCCUCGCGGUUUUCGCGGCGCUGCCUCCGCCGGAUGGGUACUACGGCGCGAGUGAGCCGGCGCUGGAAGAAGCAUACGACCAGCGCGCGCUCCUGGAGGCCGAAAGCGAUGCCUCGCUUGACUCCGUUGACUUCGACUCCGUUGACUUGGAGGACCCGCGGGUGCUUCUCACGGUGGCGGAUGCAGCGGCGGACUUGAAGCAGACGUCGGACGACCUCAGCGGCAGCGUGAAGAAAGCUCUCGGGCAGGCGGGGAGGAACGUGCGCAACUCGGUCAGCUCCAUGGUCGGAGUCCCGCCCAAGAACGGCAAGAAGAAGCACCACCGCCGCGGCGGGAAGAAAACUGCGCGCCGCGGCGGGAAGAAAACUGGGCCCGCGGGAGCUCGUAACCGAAACUCGGGCGCGGCAGUCCCCAAGGCGUCCGCUGCGGGGGUUCCGAAGAAGCAGGGGGCGGGAGGUAAGCUCAACUCCGGCGCAAACCCCAAAAAGCCCGCUGCUGCCGCAGAUGGCGCGACGGGAGUUCCUAAGAAGCAGGAGGCGGGAGCUAAGGACACCUCGGGCGCAGCACCCAAGUCACCCGCUGCUCCCGCUGCUGCAAACGAGCCGCGCGCGCUCCUCGAGGCGGCCGACAGCGAUGCCGUGAUUGACUCCGUUGACUCGUUUGACUUCGACUCCGUUGACUUGGAGGACCCGCGGGUGCUUCUCUCGAUGGCGGAUGCAGCGGCGGACUUGAAGCAGACGUCGGACGACCUCAGCGGCAGCGUGAAGAAAGCUCUCGGGCAGGCGGGGAGGAACGUGCGCAACUCGGUCAGCUCCAUGGUCGGAGUCCCGCCCAAGAACGGCAAGAAGAAGCACCACCGCCGCGGCGGGAAGAAAACUGGGCCGGCUAAGAAGCACCACCGCCGCGGCGGGAAGAAAGCUGGGCCGGUGGGAGCUCGUAAGCGCAACUCGGGCGCGGCAGCCCCCAAGACGCCCGCCGCUCCCGGCGCUGCUGGCGGGAAGGGGGUUUCGAAGAAUCAGGCGGGAGGUAAGCUCAAGUCCGGCGCAGCAGCCCCCAAGACGCUCGCCGUUCCCGCUGCUGCCAUGGCGGCCGCCCUGAAGGCGCAGGCGCCGGGAGCAAAGGGCACCUCGGGCGCAGCCCCCAAGCCCACCGCUGCCAGCAGUGCUGCGAGCAGAAAUAGAAGGCAAGAGAUGGGCUGCAAGGAUAGAAGGGGGUAG